AGCGUAAAUUAGGGAAAAAUAAGAACUCUUAUUAUCGAUUAUGUUAAACUUGAACAAAAACACCCUAAAAUGAAACAGAAAUUAACAUAUUCUAACAGACAACACAAUGUAUAAAUAAUGCGGCUAAUAAGGUCUGAAUAUUCUCUGAAAUUAAGCCCAGAAAUACCUAAAGGUUCUCCAAAAUAUUUCACUCAAAAAGAGCACAUUUGGUUUAAGUCGCUAGAUGGUGCUGUUGCUCCGACUUUGCUACAGACUACUGCUGCUGCUGCUGCUGCUGCUGCUGAGUAGGAGGAGGAGGUUUAAGGAGCUGCACCUCCUUCAUUGUCUGAGUGAAGGCACCGGCAGUGAAUCCGCCGCUCUCCUCAGUCUAAUCCCUUCUCUCCCGGACCAACUCGCUCAGUCGUCCGACAUGGCGACCGCAGAACGCCGCCUCCUCCUGCCCCUGCUCCCCGCCUCCAUCUGAGACUCCUCCGUGGGAUUCCAUUUCUACCUCUUCCUACACAUACGGGACGUGGAUGUAAAAACAUUUCCUCCUUCUUGCAGGGACGUAACGGACGACUGUGUGCGUGGACUGUGUGGAUUUAAGCCCCGGUUGUUCCACAGAAGUGGGCUGGGCAGUGAGCAGUGUUAGUGCACCAUGGUGGAGCCAGAGCCAGAACAAAUGGCCUGUGGUGCAGGACAGCGUCUGGGGGCCCCCGAGACACUUGGCAUCAGUACAUUGGACCCGGGGCACAGACCUCCAGCCAUGCCCCCUGGGCGGCACGUUACCAUCAGGGUCCGUAUGCUGGACGACACAGAGGAGGUCUUUGACAUCUCGCAAAAAGCCUCAGGCAAGGUGCUGUUUGACCUGGUGUGCUCCCACAUGAACCUGAUAGAGGGCGACUACUUUGGUCUGGAGUUUCAGAACCAUCAGAAGCUGAUGGUUUGGUUGGACCACAUCAAACCUAUAAUCAAGCAGCUGAGAAGACCGAAACACACAAUCCUGAGGUUUGCUGUGAAGUUUUUCCCACCAGACCACGCUCAGCUGCUGGAGGAGUUGACAAGGUACCUGUUUGCCCUCCAGGUCAAACAGGAUCUUUCCUGUGGACGCCUGACCUGCAACGACACCAGCGCCGCACUGAUGGUUUCUCACAUUAUCCAGUCUGAGAUUGGAGACUUUGAGGAGAGCCAGUGUCGGUCGCACCUCCUCAACAACAGCUACAUUCCAGAUCAAAUGCCCCUGAUUGACAAGAUCAUGGAGUUCCAUUCAAAGAACAUAGGUCAAACACCGUCAGAAUCCGACUAUCAGCUGCUAGAAGUGGCCCGCAGACUGGAGAUGUACGGGAUUCGCCUUCACCCGGCCAAGGAUCGAGAAGGCACUGGUUUAAGCUUGGCUGUGGCACACACUGGUGUCCUGGUCUUUCAGGGACAAACAAAGAUCAACGCUUUCAACUGGUCCAAAGUUCGUAAACUGAGCUUCAAGAGAAAACGUUUCCUCAUCAAACUGAGGCCAGAUUUGAACAGUUCAUAUCAGGACACGCUGGAGUUCCUGAUGGCCAGCAGGGACUGCUGUAAAGUCUUCUGGAAGAUCUGUGUGGAAUACCACGCCUUCUUCCGCCUCUUUGAGGAACCAAAGCCCAAGCCCAAACCUGUGCUCUUCACGAGGGGUUCAUCCUUCAGGUUCAGCGGUCGCACACAGAAGCAGGUGAUUGAUUACGUGAAGGAGUCAGAGUUUAAAAAGAUUCCCUUUGACCGGAAACACAGUCGGGUUCAACAUAACAGCCGCCUGUCGCCGCUGCCCUCACCACGUCACCAUGAAGUGCCAACAGACAGGGUUUCCCCAGGUGAUAGAGUCGACUCCCCUUCUCAGCAUCACUGGAAGGAGUCCGCGUUGGUGACCGCUGAAGACUCCUCUCCACGGACAACAAGGACUAGUCCGGCCCACCAGAGCAACGGCCACGAGGACAGAACAGCGUCUGUGUCCAGGACUGAAGAGACGAGAGGGACAACGCAGCAAAACCACAAAGACCAUCAGAAUACAGGUGUGCUCCCCGACAGUCCUCUCCCCUCGGCCCACUCUGGUCAUGGCAUGGUCAACGGUCAAAGGUCACUGGACCUGUGCAGUCCCUUCAUAGACGGCCGGCAGCCCUCGCCACUCACCAGCCCACUGCUCAACGACGCCUGUAGCGUUCGCACCGACGAUGAAGACGAGGUUCGGAGGAAGAGGUAUCCAACAGAUAAGGCCUACUUCAUCGCCAAGGAGCUGCUGACCACAGAGAGAACGUACGUGAAGGACCUGGAGGUGAUAACUGUGUCUUUUCAGAACGCCGUGGGCCAAGACGAGUCAACUCCAGACUCCCUGAAGAACAUCCUCCAGUCCACCUUCGAGCCUCUGCACAAGUUCCACACAGGUUUCCUCAGGGAGGUGGAGCAGCGUCUGGCUCUGUGGGAAGGACGCUCCAACGCUCAUAUCAAAGGAGACUAUCAGCGCAUCGGAGAUGUCAUGCUGAAGAACUUGCAAGCGCUAAAGCCACUGGCUGUAAACCUGCACAAGCAGUCUGAUGUCCUGCUGGAGCUGGAGAAGGUGUGCAGGGCGUCUCAGAAGUUGGAGCGUCUGUGCAGAGAUUUCGAGCUGCAGAAGGUCUGCUACAUCCCCCUCAACGUCUUCAUCCUGCGGCCGCUGCACCGCCUCACCUGCUACAAGCAGAUCCUGGAGCGUCUGUGCAAACACUACCCUGGAACACAUGGUGACUUCAGGGACUGCAGAGCUGCUCUGGCAGACGUGUCUGAGGUGGUGGAGCAGCUCCAGGGAAGCCUAAUUAAGUUGGAGAACUUCCAGAAGCUGUUGGAGUUGAAGAAGGACCUGAUUGGCAUCGACAACCUCUUUGUUCCUGGUCGAGAGUUCAUCAGGUUGGGCUGCCUCAGCAAACUGUCUGGAAAAGGCCUCCAGCAACGAAUGUUUUUCCUGUUCAAUGAUGUCAUUCUGUACACUAGUCGAGGGAUGACGGCGUCCAAUCAGUUCAAAGUUCACGGGCAGCUGUCGCUCCAUGGCAUGACAAUCAGGGAGAGUGAGGAUGAGUGGGGCGUACCUCACGCCUUCACACUGGUUGGACAGAAGCAGUCGGUGGUGGUGGCAGCAAGUUCACUGACGGAGAUGGGGAAGUGGAUGACGGACAUAAAGGCGGCGAUCGAGAUGGCGAAAACCAGCAACGGGCCGUCAUGUGACCUGCUGACUGACAGCGUGAGAGACAACAAGGACCCUAGUCCAGUCAGUGAGAAUAUGGCCCCCCAGGUGGGGCACCCCAGUGGCCAGGGACCCGUGCCUCUGUCUGUUAUCUGCUGGUACCGUGUUCAGAGCCUCUCCUUUAGUGAAUCCUGCAGGAGCCUAGAGAAUCAGCUGUCAGGAAAUUUGCUGAGGAAGUUCAAGAACAGUAACGGUUGGCAGAAGCUGUGGGUGGUCUUCACCAACUUCAGUCUGUUUUUCUACAAGUCUCACCAGGAUGACUAUCCUCUGGCCAGUCUUCCUCUGCUGGGUUACUCCGUCACCGUCCCCUCAGAGUCAGAAAACAUCCACAAGGACUACGUCUUCAAGCUGCAUUUCAAGUCCCACGUCUACUAUUUCCGAACUGAGAGCGAAUAUUCCUUUGAGAGGUGGAUGGAGGUGAUCCGCAGCGCCACGGUUCCAUCUGGUCAGGCUCGUGUGCUGAACAGCAAAGAGUCCCAUCCUCUCUGAGCUGAUCUGUCAGCACCUGCUCCUCCUUUUGAUUUCUACAAACAGUAUAUCUGGGACAUUUGUACAUGUGUGCGCGCACAUUUUGGUGCUUUUCUUUUUUUAUUGCUGUAAUGGUGACACGUCCGCUGGUUUAGACUGCAUCAGAGACUGCAUUUCUUGGCAUUUUUACUCUCAACACUUCAAAAACAGCCUUUUUACUGAAGUCAUUUUAUACUCUUUUCUAACGGUCUCAGCCACUUCUUAUCUUUUCCUCUUUUAUUUCAUGUUGCCAUUAGUUGUUUUUACAAUGAGAAAAAGUUGACUUACAGUUACAGUAAAUGUCAACAACUUUUCACAGACAGGUUAAAAACUCUCAGCUUUUUAUUUUAAAGGACAACAGCUGCUGUGAAACUCUUUGAGCUUCAGUGCCAAACAGGUUUAUACCAACAUUCUGGACUUUCUUAUUCUAUUUUGUUACACUGAGAUCAAGCGCGAUUCUCUGCUGUGCCAUACACAGUCACAUUUUUAAGAACUUGUCUCCUAGGAACAGCAAGAUACCUUCUAAAGGUCAGUCCUGUGUUCACACCUGGCCCAGCACAACCUGUUCUUAAAGAAGAGAUCAAAAUGGGAAUAUUUUAAUACUGACAGAUUCUAGGAUUGCUCACCAUCACCACUGAUGCAAUGUCAAGUAAAUAUUCUAAAUGAAUGUUUGUUGUAUGAAUUACGUCACAGACUGUUUUUUUUUCUUUAAAUCGAUCAGAAAUGUGGUGAAAAGUGUGAGAAAUGUUCAUAAUCCUUUGUGUUAUGAAGGAAACAGUACGUGAAAGCUUUAAAGGCCAUGUGUGAAACAAAAGACAAACUUUCAGUUCUAAGUGCUGUCGUCCUCACUGAACUAAGGCUGACUCCUGUAUGAAAAUAUCAGAUGUUUUCAUAGGUCUAAAUGAAUAGAAAUAUGCAUUUGACAACGGUUUUGCAGUGAGGUGAAUGUAAAAAACGUUCUGGUUAAAAGUGAGCUUUUUUGGAGAAAAAAAGAAAGAGAGCUCUUUGGAAACGAAAGCAAUAAAACAUCUAUUCUA